ACAUCAUAAAUCCAUUUAUCUUCGCUCUUACGAUUCAGUACUCUUCAGUCAUGAGCUCGGUACCCUCAGCUGCUGCUGCAAUAACACCUCUGCGACGUUUGGCUGUGGCCUCGACUGUGACAUGCUCUGCGCAGGCUUCCGCUUACGGGCAAUGCAUUCUGGCAACUUACACAGACGUAAGAAAAGAUGCUUGCAAAGAGGAAUUCGCAAGAUUCAGUGCUUGUCUACAUCAAGUGAUGAAGCGCAAAUGGUGACUGAGGUGAGCAGGAUUCAUCUAGCCCAUUCAUACAAGUGU